CUCCGGAGCUUCCAAGGCAACAAGACCCGCACCUUUUUCCCACCAAGCCUCGCCGAAGCCCCAACGGCACCUGCCUACUGGAGUAAACAAACAGACACGCCUCCGCCACCUCGCCGUGCCGCCCGCUGCUCUCCUUGGCUCCCCCGCCUCCACUCUACCCUUGCGCUCUCCUCCCCCGUCCGACGGUCGGACACCUCAUGGCUGCCACCGCCGCUGCGGCGCUCGCCUCUCCGGCGGCCGUGUCCCGUUCGCCCGCCGCCGCCGCACCGCGACGGGGCUUAGUCAGCUUCGCCCCCGCACUCCGAUCCGGCCGCCGCGCCGUCACUCUCUCCGGUGUAAGAACUCAUGUUGCGGCUGUUGAGCAAGCGGUAGUACAAGAUGAAAUAAAGUUAGAAACUCCAGUUGUAGUUAUUACAGGUGCUUCCAGGGGAAUUGGAAAAGCCAUUGCAUUGGCUCUUGGAAAGGCAGGCUGCAAGGUGUUGGUGAAUUAUGCCCGGUCUUCAAAAGAGGCUGAAGAAGUCUCCGAGGAGAUUGAAGCAUCUGGAGGACAGGCCAUUACCUUUGGAGGAGAUGUUUCCAAAGAAGCCGAUGUGGAAUCUAUGAUAAAAGCAGUACUGCCUGAUGGAAUCACACCUUUUUGCAUUUCUCCAGUUUGUUUCGCUUUCAAUACUUCAAAUACCAAACUGAUAUCAGGGAUCACGCGUGACACGUUACUGAUGAGAAUGAAGAAAUCACAGUGGCAAGAUGUAAUUGAUCUGAAUCUUACAGGCGUGUUCCUUUGUACACAGGCUGCCACGAAAGUAAUGAUGAAGAAGAAAAAGGGAAGAGUUAUCAACAUAGUGUCAGUUGUUGGUCUCACUGGUAAUUUUGGUCAAGCUAAUUACAGUGCUGCCAAAGCUGGCGUUAUCGGGUUCACAAAAACAGUUGCCAGGGAAUAUGCGAGCAGAAAUAUUAAUGUGAAUGCUAUUGCUCCUGGGUUUAUUGCAUCAGAUAUGACUGCUGAACUUGGAGAAGAGCUUGAGAAGAAAAUAUUGUCAACUAUUCCCAUGGGGAGAUAUGGUCAGCCAGAGGAAGUUGCCGGAUUGGUGGAAUUCUUGGCUCUAAACCCUGCCGCAAGCUACAUCACGGGACAGGUUCUUACCAUUGACGGGGGGAUGGUCAUGUGAGGCUUGAGGAAACUUUCCAGGCUCAAAUUUGCCCCCAGGCGUUCAGUCCUAUCUUUUCUGCUUUGUUUUCAAAGCCCCAAGCCUACUUUAUCUGUAAAACUAUGUAGUUGGUUCUUUUUUUUUUACUUCUGGUAAGGGACAUCUUUUUUUCACGUGCAGCUGUAAGUUCUAAAACAUGAGAAUAAGGGGCUAAAGUGGAGGUAGGUCAGUCGUUGUAGUUCUGAUAGGAGGAAAUUUGUUUUUAUCACCAUGUUCGGUGACAGAGAUGAAAAUAUCGGCAAAGUUUGAAGGGUAUGGCAGAAUCUGUAUGUUUUUCUGCCUCGAGUAAAAUGCAUCAGAGGUCUCAAAUCUUUCGUAAA